AUGGCAGCGCUAGUGUACCUGAAGUGUAUGCUGAGCUGCGGAGGAUCCUCACCACCCGGCGUCACAAUCCAGCACACCAUCGCCAACGGCGAGGACGUCACUUACACUCGCGUCAUCUACAAGCAAGAUGGAUCUUUGGACUUUCGCUUGACCGACGUCCGCAACAUCUACGACCAUGACCAAGGCGACUUGUUGCUCGCACAGAUCAGCUACUACUCCAAUCUUAGCCUCGUCUUGGAGCCGCUGGUCGAAAAGGUCUACAUCGAGCUGCCCAUCGGAUCUGGCUUUGCGCGGAGGUACAAUCCUGAUAGAAUCGUCGUGCCGCGAAGCAAAGGCCAUGAACAUCAUUACGUCCACCUGAGAGACGAUGAUGUUGUCAACUUCGAAGGACAAGGUCUCAAGCUUCGCGUUGUGAUAGAGAUGCCUAGCGUGUCUGCAACCCUGCCAGAUGAUGUGAUUCAGGAGAACGGCGCUCUCCCCCAAGCAUUGCCUUUCCCAUCGGCAACAAGCCGGGAUGAUGUCCAGGUGAAGUCGUCAAACGCUGAGGAAAUUGAUGGCGGCGAAGUGACGGACUCUGAUGAAGAAGAAGAUCUGGACGAGUUCAAGUCCGUCGCGACGCCGGUCACAGAGAUCACUCCUGCUACAUCACGGCCUGCAGUGGCUGCCAUCAAGGAGACUCCCAACGCUAAGACUUUGGAGGCACCAAGUCUUGCGAACACUGACGCUGGCGACAAUGAACCCUUCUCGACAGCGCAGGACGAGCUCACCAAUGACGCGCAACGCACGCUCCAGGAUGAACCACCCCCUGACAGCCCCUCUGUGCGAGCGAAAGUCUCAAUUACAAGCAGAGCCUCUCAAGUAGUUCGCCGUAAGGAAGUCCCUGGUACGUCCGACUACGGAUCAGAGCUUGACGACGAAGAGUCGCCGCAGAAGCGCGAAGUGGAUGGGACCGACGACGAAAACCACAGCGCAGAACUCUCACCUCGGCAGCCGUCAGAAGAUCGCGCGAAGAUUUUCUUGGCUACCAUGGACGGCACCGCUGAUGAGCAGGUUUAUCUUGUCGACGCCGACGAGGAAGGUCAAGACGAUGACGACGACGGUGAGCAACUCAACAUGGGCACAUCGGAUCCCUUGCAGCCCGUAGAGGUGUUCGUCCAAACUGCGGAACGAUCUCAGAAGCGCAAGCUUGAAGCUGAACUUUUCGAUGAUGCCGAAGAAGACGAUGAUGGCGAUGAAGUGAUUGUUGCUACGAAGAAGCGGAAGAUCGCUCCAACGGAUGACACACCCAAGAAGAGCGAUGAAGCUGCGGAAGACGAGAAGCCAGCCACCCGUUCCACCAGAGGCAAACUCUCAAGACCUAGCCGUCAAUUUACCGUCAACAGCUCACCGGUCGAGCCCAACGAGCCUCAGUCUCGAGGCAAGAAGCGGCCCAUCUCGCCACAAGUCGUUGUAUCGCCUACUUCAGAAACACCAACCAGCACUGCGACCUCCGCAAUCUUGUCAGGCAAGGCUCCCAAGGUCCUCCUCAGCCACGAGAGCAAGCUUCGGAAGUCUCUCGGGAAGUGGUUCAAGGAGCACGGCGUCGAGAUCAUCGACGACGUCAAGACGAGGCGUACCAACUUCGUCUGUGUUGUCAAAGAUGACAAUAUCAAGACUGCCAAAGUGCUGCGCUCACUUGCGUUAGGCAAGCUCGUGGUCACGGAAGACUGGCUGCAAGAUUCGAAGACGCGCGGCCAGCUGCUGGAUCCUCAGGACUACGUACACGAGAAGAUCGGGAUUCCUGCGAAGGAUCGCAGGAAGCUGUUCUACGGUAAGAAUCUGUUCUUCACGACUACUCUCGCAGAGAAGGUUUACGGCCCUAGAUGGCAGGACAUCGUGGACCUCUGCACUGAAGCUGGCGCGAGCGAUGUGCGCAAGGGCAGUUCGAAAGACUUCGGCCAGAUGAUCGGGAGUAACGAGACGCUAUGCUUCGGAACCAAGCCUACCAACGACGCUGAUGUUGGUCGUCUGCAGAGCCAGUUCAGCUGCACGGUGUUCAACAAAGACCUCAUCACUCACGCCAUGAUUUCGGGGGAGCUGGAUCUUGAGGAUGAGGAAUACGUGCUUCCGUAG